CCGUUAUCAUGCGACUGUGAAGCGUCGUCGACCCGAAGUACAUAAAGGGAUUUCAUUCAUUGGAUAACAUAGCCGUCGCCGCACACAAAACAUCGCGUACAAUCAGCUGAGAGAGAGCGCAUAAGUAAACAGUCAUACACACGAAGGAUACAUAGAAUGAACGUCUUUUCCAGAGCAAUCAGCCUACGUCGGAGUGCGUUAUUCUUCGGAUUGCUCAACAAAAGUGUCCUCAUCAGUCGGGCAGCUCCUCCAUUGGUCGUGGCCACCCGAACGCACUGCUACCUCGACAUGAAACCCAAGGUCUACGUCACCAGAAAUGAUUACGCCCGCAUCGGGUUGGAUCUGCUGAAGGAAGAGUGUGACCUGUCGAUUUGGGACGAAGCUUACCCGGUGCCGAGAGAUGAGUUUCUGAAAAACGUUGCCGGCAAGGACGCCAUCUUCUGUUCGCUGAACGAUCGCAUCGAUAAGGAGUUGUUGGAUCAGGCUGGGCCCAGCUUGAAGAUCGUAGCCACCAUUUCAGUAGGGUUUGAUCACAUCGACGUCAAAGAAUGCCGCGACCGGGGGAUACGAAUUGGCUACACCCCGGAAGUUCUAACGGACGCGACGGCCGAGCUGACUGUGGCACUUCUCCUGGCAACGGCACGCCGCCUUUUCGAAGCCAACAGAGAAGCCCACACGGGAGGUUGGAAAAGUUGGUCUCCGAUGUGGAUGUGUGGAACUAGCAUCAAAAAUUCCGUCGUCGGAAUUUUCGGCUUCGGUCGAAUCGGGCAGGAAGUGGCCAAACGCAUUGCCCCCUUCAAACCCGCACAGAUUCAGUUCACGAGUCGGACGGACAAGUGCCUAACGGCGGAAGAACUCGGAGCCACGCAGGUUCCUUUUGAUGAACUGAUCGAAACCAGCGAUUUCAUCAUCAUUGCUUGUUCGUACACCAUGGAAACCGCGAAUCUGUUCAAUGAUUCCGUUUUCUCCCGGAUGAAACCUUCGGCGAUACUGAUCAACACCAGCCGUGGCGGAGUAGUGGAACAGCAUGAUCUGAUCCACGCAUUGAAGGCGGGAAAGAUCCUAGCGGCAGGAUUGGACGUGACCACACCGGAACCGCUUCCACUGGAUAGCCCAUUGCUGCAGAUGAGUAAUGUUGUGGUUCUACCGCACAUUGGAAGCGCCGAUGUGGAGACCCGCACGGAAAUGUCUCGCAUCACAGCUUGUAACAUCCUGGCCGGGCUCAAAGGUGUCAAAAUGAUUUCGGAAGUUUGAAAAUCUGUGCAAUGAAUCUUAAAGUGCUAGCAAUAUAUAUGGUUCCAUUGAAUAUA